AUGUCUUCCAGCAAUAUUAUGCUUGUUUUGAGAGGUACCCUAGAAGGUCACAACGGCUGGGUCACCUCUUUGUCUACCUCUGCUGCUCAACCAAACUUGUUGGUUUCUGGUUCCAGAGAUAAGACUUUGAUCUCCUGGAGAUUGACCGAAAACGAACAACAAUUCGGUGUCCCAGUUAGAUCUUACAAGGGUCACUCUCACAUCGUUCAAGAUGUUGUUGUCUCUGCUGACGGUAACUACGCCGUUUCUGCUUCUUGGGAUAAGACCUUGAGAUUGUGGAACUUGGCUACUGGUAACUCUGAAGCUAGAUUUGUUGGUCACACCGGUGAUGUUUUGUCCGUUGCCAUUGAUGCUAACUCUUCUAAGAUUAUCUCUGCUUCCAGAGAUAAGACCAUCAGAGUUUGGAACACUGUCGGUGACUGUGCCUACGUCUUGUUGGGUCACACCGACUGGGUUACCAAGGUCAGAGUUGCUCCAAAGAACUUGGAAGACGGUGAAGUCGAUGACGGUAGAAUCACUUUCGUUUCUGCUGGUAUGGACAAGAUCGUUAGAUCCUGGUCUUUGAACGAAGACUCUUACAGAAUCGAAGCUGAUUUCAUCGGUCACAACAACUACAUCAACGUUGUUCAACCAUCCCCAGAUGGAUCUCUAGCUGCUUCUGCUGGUAAGGACGGUCAAAUCUACGUCUGGAACUUGAAGCACAAGAGCGCCUUCAUGAACUUCGACGCUAAGGACGAAGUCUUUGCUUUGGCCUUCUCUCCAUCCAGAUUCUGGUUGACCGCUGCUACUGCUUCUGGUAUCAAGAUCUACGACUUGGAAAACGAAGUCUUGAUCGACGAAUUGAAGCCAGAAUUUGCUGGUUACACCAAGGCUCAAGACCCACACGCCGUUUCUUUGGCUUGGUCUGCUGAUGGUCAAACUUUGUUCGCCGGUUACACCGACAACGUCAUCAGAGUUUGGCAAGUCAUGACCGCCAACUAA